AUGCUUGAUGGUGAAGCAACUUGGGAAGAUGUAUCCUUCAAGAAGCUGUAUCCAGAGUUUCAGCUCAAGGACGUGCUGUUUCCGAAGGAGGGAAAAGAUGUUUUAGCUGUGAAAAAGAUCAAUUUCUCCGCCUUCCCAAACCAUCCAUCUGAUUUGUUCAUUGAGCUGGUUGCCAACAUUGCAAAGCUAAAUCAUCCAAACCUCUCUGAGCUAGAUGGCUACUGCUCCGAGCAUGGAUCUUACAAGACUGGAUCUCUCCAUGACUUCCUUCACCGGUUGGAUGCGUACGGCAAACCGUUGUCUUGGAAUAGCCGUGUCAAGAUUGCGCUAGGAUCUGUGAGGGCAUUAGAGUAUCUACAUGAAACUUGUUCGCCAUCUAUCAUCCACAAGAAUUUCAAAUCGUCUAACAUACUGUUGGACAAUGAAAUUAACCCCCAUAUUUCAGAUUGCUGGUUUGCAGACCUGAUUCCUAACCAGGAACUCCAGGUAUUAAUCUGUUCGUGUGAAUCAGAUGACAACUCGGGAUACAGAGCUCCUGAGGUGACCAUGUAUGGUCAUUACUCUCUAAAGAGUGAUGUUUACAGCUUUGGAGUCGUCAUGCUAGAGCUGCUGACUGGCCGGAAAGCAUUCGACAGCUCCCAACCAAGGCCCCAGCAAUCAUUAGUCCGAUGGGCUGCUCCGCAGCUGCACGACAUCGACUCGCUGGAUCAGAUGGUUGAUCCUGCACUGGAGGGGCUGUACCCUGCGAAAUCGCUCUCUCGAUUCGCCGACGCAAUCGCGCUCUGUGUCCAGCCUGAGCCAGAAUUCAGGCCACCGAUUGCGGAGGUCGUCCAGUCCUGCUCGAGGGGGAUUCCCUACAGUUUGUCAGUUUUUUAUGAGAACGAUAGAAGUUACAGAUGUUGCAGCUAG